CCGGGACUCCGCCCCUCCCCCUGCGCGGGGAUCCCGGGUCAGCCCGGGUGAGGGCCAGGGCCCCCCUGGCGCCGCCCACUGUGGUCCAACAGGUUGAGCUGGUGUCCCGCGGAGCCACCUGCUGGAAAGGGAAGGAGGCCCCCUGCGGAGGGGGCUGGGGAGGAGAAAGCGAGCCGGACCCGGUUCGGCCCGGCCGGCCUCGGGGAGCGGAACCUGGCCCGCGGUAGCCGGAUUUGAUUCCGUUUUACACCAGUGGGAGGGGCUCCCCGGGGUGCGCCGCGCGGCAGGCCCCGCUGGAGAUGUCCCUCGCAGGGAACCUUCCUCCCUGGCGGGGGCACUGAAGCACGUAUCCUGCGCCCCCGGCCCGCACACGCAUCUGGAAACACCCGGGCCCCCCGGACCCCCUGGGUCUCCGGCCGGAUCCCUGGCCCGAGGUUCCCACCCUCGCGGAGACUCAGUUUCUCCACUUAGGGCCCAGGCGGGAUGGAGGCGGGGUGCGGGAGCGAGAGCGCGCCUCCCCUCCCCCUCGCGGCCCCGGCCCCUCCCCUCCGACAGUGCCAAGGCCGCAGCGGGCACCGGCUGGAGCGCAGAGGCUGCCUGCCCAGGGCGCCGUUCCCUCCCCGCGGGGCGCCGUCACGCGUGGGGAGGGACGCAGGGUGCCCGCAGCCUCCACUCCCCCGCUCCCUCAGCGUCGGGGUGGGGCGUAGGAGCUGGAGCUGACGGCCUGGUGGCUCCCCUCCCCCUACCUCCCGGGGCACUGACCUGAUUAUAGCCCCUCACGGGACCCCCCCCUUCAAUCCUUUAAGUCCCCGCCUCACCCCCACUUGGCCUAUCCUUAACCUCUCAUACCCUUCCCUCCCGAGGAGGUGACCGUACAAAGGCCCCGCAUGGAGACCGAGAGCCCUUGAUGGGGGCGCGGGCUCCCGGGCCACUGCGGACACUGCCCCCUCCCCCUUUCCCUCCUCCAGGUUUCAGGCCAGCCCCUCGGCUCCGCCCCCUCCCUGGCGGAACGCGAGGCAGGACCUGCUUGAGAUGGGCGGGUGCGCAGGCCAAUGGGCGGGCAGGGCGGUGGAGUGCAGGGGGCGGGGCGGAGCUGCCGCGGAGGGCUGGAUGGGGGUUGAGGGCGGAGCCCGAGUUAAGGUGGACUGGGAGAGAUAGGGGCUGGAGGAGAAAGAGGGAGAGGGAGGGGGAGAGGGACCGCGGCAGGUGGAGGGAGAAAGAGACCGAAGGAAAGAAGGAGGGAAAAAGAGGAGGGUGGGAAAGGCUCGGAGAGCAGAGUAAAAGCUCGCAGGAAGGGAGCUAAAAGGGAGGGAGGGAGCCAUCUGCGCCCUGCAGGGACUGGGUGGACCGAGGGGUUGAAGUUUAUAUCCUUAUUGGGCGGAGGGAGGGGGACCUGGGGGGGCGGGUGAAAAACCAGGAAGUGACAGAGGGUGUUGCUAAGGAUUGGGGGGGGAGUUUGGGGGGUGGCAGGGGGCGGGGGGAGGGAGGGGAGGGAUGGGGGGAAAGCCAGCGGGAGGACAGGUGAGACAGCAGGACAGGACCGGAGCAGGGCCCCAAGCCCCCGGGCCCGGCGGGGGACGCGCUUCUCUCCACACCCUGUGCUUCUGCAGUUCCGGCCCGCGGACCCAAAGGCGGAGAGGACAAGAUGGGGAGCCCCGAGGACGACCUCAUCGGGAUCCCUUUCCCGGACCACAGCAGCGAGCUCCUGAGCUGCCUCAAUGAGCAGCGGCAGCUGGGCCACCUGUGUGACCUCACCAUCCGGACGCAGGGCCUCGAGUACCGCACCCACCGGGCCGUGCUGGCCGCCUGCAGCCACUACUUCAAGAAGCUCUUCACUGAGGGCGGCGGUGCGGUGGCAGGGGCAGGGGGCGGUGGCGCGGCGGCGGGGGCCGCCGGGGCUGGCGUGUGCGAACUGGACUUCGUGGGGCCCGAGGCCCUGGGUGCCCUGCUGGAGUUCGCCUACACGGCCACGCUGACCACCAGCAGCGCCAACAUGCCCGCCGUGCUGCAGGCCGCCCGGCUGCUGGAGAUCCCGUGCGUCAUCGCCGCCUGCAUGGAGAUCCUGCAGGGCAGUGGGCUGGAGGCCCCCAGCCCCGACGAGGAUGACUGUGAGCGGGCCCGCCAGUACCUGGAGGCCUUCGCCACGGCCACGGCCACGGCCUCCUCGGGAGUUCCCAACGGAGAAGACAGACCACCCCAGGGGCCCCUCCCACCCCCGCCCCAGCCCACGCCACGGCCAGUGGCCCGCCGCAGCCGCAAGCCCCGGAAAGCUUUCUUGCAGACCAAGGGGGCCCGGGCAAACCACUUAGUGCCCGAGGCACCCACGGUACCUGCCCACCCCACGACCUAUGAGGAGGAGGAGGUGGCGGGGGGCAGAGUGGGCAGCGGCACAGGCAGCGGGCUGGGGGACAGCUACAGCCCUCCAGCGGGGACUGCUUCCCCCCCCGAGGGGCCCCUGGCUUACGAGCCCUACGAGGGUGAUGAGGAGGAAGAGGAGCCGGUGUACCCUUCUGCCUACGGGAUGGCACAGGGAGGAGGACCCCCGCUGUCCCCAGAGGAGCUGGGCUCGGACGAGGACGCCAUUGACCCCGACCUGAUGGCCUACCUGAGUUCGCUGCACCAGGACACUCUGGCCCCAGGCCUGGAUGGCCAGGACAAGCUGGUGCGCAAGCGCCGCUCCCAGAUGCCCCAGGAGUGCCCGGUCUGUCACAAGAUCAUCCACGGGGCCGGCAAGCUGCCGCGCCACAUGAGGACCCACACGGGGGAGAAGCCCUUUGCCUGUGAGGUCUGCGGCGUCCGCUUCACCCGGAACGACAAGCUGAAGAUCCACAUGCGGAAGCACACGGGAGAGCGCCCCUACUCUUGCCCGCACUGCCCAGCCCGCUUCCUGCACAGCUACGACCUCAAGAACCACAUGCACCUGCACACGGGGGACCGGCCCUACGAGUGCCACCUGUGCCACAAGGCUUUCGCCAAGGAGGACCACCUGCAGCGCCACCUCAAGGGCCAGAACUGCCUGGAGGUGCGCACCCGGCGGCGCCGCAAGGACGACGCGCCCCCGCACUACCCGCCCCCCUCCGCUGCCGCCCCGGCCACCGCGGGCCUCGACCUCUCCAAUGGCCACUUGGACACCUUCCACCUCUCUCUGGCUCGGUUCUGGGAGCAGUCAGCCCCGCCUGGGCCCCCGGUCUCCACCCUGGGCCCCCCUGAUGAUGAGGAGGAGGAGGGGGCACCCAGGACGCCUAAGGCUGAAGGUACCAUGGAGUCCUCUUAAAGAGGGCCGGUGGCCGUCCCCAGCAGCGCGAGGCCGGGGCGCCCAUGCCAAGCAGCGGGGGCACGCGGGCUAGACAGGGCCGGGGGCCGGGCGCUGGGCUCCCUGGCUUCAGCAGUCCGUCCCUGUCGCCCAGGAGCCCUCAUUCCAGUUCCAAGCUGAGAAGGCUUUGGGGUCGGGGGCUCCCCAGAUUGGGGUGAACUCCUAAGGAGUGAUCCCCAUAGUACGUCUCCAUUUCCAGCUGUUUGUUGUGAACGGUGGGACCCUGUCCCCAGCCGCUCCUGGGGAGUAGAAGCAAUAAUGUAUUUCUGAUUUGUGGGGUUCCUCUUCGGCUAUGCGGGUUUCUAGGGGGUGGGGGGCUUGGGACCAAAGCCUUGCCCCGCCCCCAUGCCCCCAGGGGUUUGGCGGAGUCCGGGGGUGAAGGACCGCCCCUCCCUCCCCUUCUGAGACCCCCUCCUUCCUGCUUUCUGUUCCCUUUCCCCGGCAGAGAAUUAUGCAAAGGGGGCGGCGAGGAGGGGUGGGUGGGGGGAAGCGAGGUAGAGGCUGGAAAGCCUCGGGGAUUGGGCCCGCAGGAAGGAGCCAUCCUCCCGCGCCGCCCCCGCCCCCCCGCCGCCGCAUCCUCCCCACCCCCCCACCCCCCGCACCUCACCUACCCCCCCACCCCCGCCAGGCUCCGGGCGCUGAGUCACGGGGUCCUGAAGGAGCAGGGGGCGGGGUGGCCUGAGCGGCUCGCCCGCCCCUGGGGGCAGCGGGAGGGGCCGCUCCGCUCGGCUCUCCGCCCCGGCCCUGCCCUCCCCUCCCGCGUCCCCGGGCAGGGAAUGUCUUGUUCCCGCCGCUCCCUCCCCGGGGCCAGAGGGCAGGGCGGGCCGGGUGGCUCCUACCCUCCUCUCCUGCUCCCGCCCAGGUGCGAGCCGGAGCCGCCGCGGGGCCGCCCCUGACUCACGCCGCCCCCAGGCUGGCGCGGCGCGGGCUGCGGGACGGGGUGAGGGGCUGCGGGCUGCGGAGCGCGCGGGCGGGCGCCCCCUGGCGGCCGUUCCCGAGAGCCGCGGGCGCCCGGGCGGAGGUGGGGGCGCCGGCUGGGGUCCCGCUGGGUCGCGGAGAGUGACCCCCACUGUUCCCUUAGGACGGAGUCCGCCCGGGUCUGUACAUAGCCUCUUCUGUCGGUCUCGAUGAAAUCUAGUUUCAGAUUUUUAACUACCCGAUUCUGCUGGGGGGGGGGGGUGUCCGCCUCCCUCCCUCGCUGGGUGCUGCCCCCCCACUUUGCGGCCUGGGCUCUGCCUUGCACUAUUUCCCCUCCCUGGCCUGGCGGCCCCUCCCCCUCCCUAAAAGGGGCAGGUUAAGGGGCCCGGUGCUCUCCCUUCCUCCCUGCACCCUCAUGCCCAUUUGCACAGCUGCCCAGGUACCCCCAGGAGUGAGGGGGUGUCACAGGGAGGGGGUAGCGGGACCAGUCCCUGUAUCUAUUUAAAAAGUGAUGAUGUAAUAUAUUGGGGUUGGGGGAGGUCGGGUUGCCCUGGGCCUCAUCUUAGCAUUUCAGGUGAUGGGGGAGACCUGGGGCCCAGCCCCAGAGAGUGAGGACAAUGUGACCUCCCCCCUCCCCCCUUGCGGCUUCUCCACUCAGUGCCUUAGGGGGGAGGCAAUUUCCCCCCCUCCUCUUCCCCUCCU